AUGGCAAUAGCCUUUUUGAAUGGGGUUGCGACCUGCGUUCAACCACCCAACAUCCUUGAUUGCGAUUGGGGAUGGUUAGUUGCGACUCGGGUAGUUCCGUCCUGCCGAAAUAUGCUCAACCACCUAACAUUCCUGAUUGCGAUUGGGAAUGCUUGGGUUGCGACUCAGAAGGAAAAAAAGUCAAAAUCGAUUGAUAACUUCUGGAAGACGGUUACGUUAGCGCAAGAGAAGAAAGUGGCAAAUGAAAUCGAACGUUCAGUUUUAAUAAACCCGCUACAUCCGCUAUAUACUCAACCCUUCAACGUGAUAGGCAAGAAAGUUUGGUUCGAAAAAAAAAACACAGAAGCGAUUAAUAACGAACAAAAUUUAGGUGAAAAGCGAGUUGAGGAAGAACAUACGAGAAGGUAUAGUCUAAGAGAACGAGAAGAAAUUGAUUAUGCCGAAAUUUCCGAUUCAGAUAUUUCGGAUCCAUAUCAUGAACGGAUGUUCCGUCCCACAAACUGGACAACCCGGAAUGGAAAUCCUCCAGUUAUAUCACCAUACAGGCCAAUUAUAACGAAAGCAACAUAUGAUCAGAUUUCAACACAUAUAAUUUGCACCUUCAACACAACAAUACAUCUUGUUAAGGAAACAACAGAAAGUACUUUAUAUGAAAAAAUCGAAAACUUCUCAAGAUGA